CUUCCCUGCCCGACACCGCUGCCGGCCGCUGGAGCUCCCCGACGACGACCGCGUGCUUGCUCCCAAGUUAUUCAACCCUCCAUUUUCCAACCACUUUGCGCCCCAACGCUUCCGACGUUCUCUCCACCUCCUCUGUCACCCGCGUGGCACCCAUUGAUCCCCCACGAGCGCGAUUCCCGGUGUUUCAAGAUGCUCGCCAGCCGUUCAAUAGCCCGCAAUGCGGUGCGGCCGACGACAUGGAAAACUUCGUCCAUGCCCUCUGCUGUGGCCUCGUCAACUCUCUUGCGCUGGACUCGCGGCUUUGCCUCUGCGUCAGAGGAGAAGGAUCUGGUCAUCAUCGGAGGCGGCGUCGCUGGUUACGUCGCCGCUAUUAAGGCUGGCCAGGAGGGCAUGAAGGUGGCUUGUAUCGAGAAGCGCGGCACGCUCGGCGGCACUUGCCUGAAUGUUGGCUGUAUCCCCUCGAAGUCUCUCCUCAACAACUCCCACUUGUACCAUCAAAUCCUUCACGACACCAAGAAUCGUGGAAUCGAGGUCGGAGACGUUAAGCUGAAUCUCGCCAACUUCAUGAAGGCCAAAGAGGCUUCCGUCACGGGCCUCACGAAGGGUGUUGAGUUUCUCCUCAAGAAGAACGGUGUCGAGUACAUCAAAGGCGAGGGCUCCUUUGUCAACGAGAACGACAUCAAAGUGACACUCAAUGACGGAGGCGAGACGACGGUUCGUGGCAAGAAUAUUCUGAUUGCAACUGGUUCCGAGGCCACCCCCUUUCCUGGCCUGGAGAUUGAUGAGAAGCGGGUCAUUACUAGCACCGGCGCUAUUGCGCUGGAAAAGAUCCCGGAGACCAUGGUCGUCAUCGGCGGUGGCAUUAUCGGUCUCGAGAUGGCCUCAGUUUGGUCGCGCCUGGGAACCAAGGUGACGGUUGUCGAGUUCCUCGGCCAGAUUGGAGGUCCUGGCAUGGACACAGAGAUCGCCAAGUCCACCCAGAAGCUCUUGAAGAAGCAGGGCUUGGACUUUAAGCUCAACACCAAGGUCAUCAGCGGAGAUAAGACUGGCGACAAGGUCAAACUUGAGGUAGACGCUGCCAAGGGCGGUAAGCCUGAAACGCUCGACGCCGAUGUCGUCCUUGUUGCCAUCGGGCGACGCCCCUACACCGGAGGCCUUGGCCUCGAGAACAUCGGCAUGGAGCUGGAUGAGCGUGGCCGCGUCAUCAUCGACUCCGAAUACCGCACCAAGAUCCCUCACAUCCGCUGCGUCGGCGAUGCCACUUUUGGCCCCAUGCUUGCCCACAAGGCUGAAGAGGAGGCUGUGGCAGUGGUCGAGUACAUCAAGAAGGGCUUCGGCCAUGUCAACUAUGGCUGCAUUCCUUCUGUCAUGUACACUUACCCCGAGGUGGCGUGGGUCGGUCAGAGCGAGCAGGACCUCAGGAACCAGAAGAUCCCUUACAGAGUGGGAACGUUCCCGUUCAGCGCCAACUCGCGCGCCAAGACUAACCUGGACACGGACGGCUUCGUCAAGAUGCUGGCGGAUCCCGAGACGGAUCGACUGCUUGGUGUACACAUCAUCGGACCCAACGCUGGUGAGAUGAUUGCUGAGGGUACGCUGGCUCUCGAGUACGGCGCUUCCACGGAAGAUAUCGCGCGGACGUGCCACGCUCACCCGACUUUGGCUGAGGCGUUUAAGGAGGCGGCCAUGGCGACCAAUGCCAAGGCCAUCCACUUCUAGGCGAAGGUGUGGACAGGUGUAUUACGAGCACUCUGCGGCGUGGUCAGACGUUCUUCUACCUGGGUCUGCUCGAGUGCUAAAUACUUAGAUGCGGGGGGAUCAGGAGGUGGAGGGAUUUGCCGAGCCGGAACCCUAAAAACCAGCAGGAGCAAGACGGAGAUGGACAUGACAAGUGGAUCGCAAGACGUUCGUCAGGGGUCAGCCUCAAUGGCUGUGUAGAAUAAAUAAAUCACAUUUAUGGCA